GAGUAACCGGCAAUAUUUAUUUCCAAUUUUCAUUUAGAAAAGAAAUUUUUUCACGCAGUGCGUUGAAUGUUGAUGAUAUAAAUUUAAAUCAGGUUUGUGGAAAAUUUGAAGGACAAUUGUAAACUAUUAAUUAAGGCUUUGUUCGUUUGAAAAAGGCCAAUUGAAUUCAGCUAUGACAGAUAUCAAAGUAACGCCACUUGGGGCUGGACAAGAUGUGGGGAGAAGUUGUAUUUUACUACAAAUGGGAGGAAAGAAUAUCAUGUUAGAUUGUGGCAUGCAUAUGGGGUACAAUGAUGAGCGACGGUUUCCAGACUUUUCAUACAUUGCUGACGGAAACUUGACAGAAUCCCUAGAUUGUGUCAUCAUAUCCCAUUUCCAUCUAGAUCAUUGUGGGGCUUUACCAUUUAUGACUGAAAUGGUUGGAUAUAAUGGCCCAAUUUACAUGACUCAUCCAACAAAGGCUAUUGCUCCUAUCCUUUUGGAGGACAUGAGGAAAGUGGCUGUAGAGAGAAAGGGUGAAACCAAUUUUUUCACUUCAGCUCACAUCAAGGAUUGCAUGAAAAAGGUUAUUGCUGUCACUCUGCAUCAAACUGUUCAAGUAGACUCAGAAAUUGAAAUAAAAGCUUACUAUGCUGGUCAUGUGUUGGGUGCAGCCAUGUUUCACGUCAAAGUAGGCAACCAAUCUGUGGUGUACACUGGAGAUUAUAACAUGACUCCGGAUCGACACUUGGGUGCCGCCUGGAUCGACAAAUGCCGACCCAACAUACUUAUAUCGGAAUCCACUUAUGCUACAACUAUCCGUGACUCUAAACGCUGUCGAGAGCGGGAUUUCUUAAAGAAAGUACAUGAUUGUGUAGACAGAGGAGGCAAAGUUCUCAUUCCCGUGUUUGCACUUGGUCGAGCUCAAGAACUUUGUAUUCUUUUGGAAACUUAUUGGGAACGAAUGAAUCUUAAAGCGCCAAUCUACUUUGCUGUGGGUCUCACUGAAAAGGCCAACAAUUACUACAAAAUGUUCAUCACCUGGACCAAUCAAAAGAUUCGCAAGACUUUUGUUCAAAGAAACAUGUUCGAGUUCAAACACAUCCGUCCUUUCGAUAAAAGUUACGCCGAUACACCCGGUCCGAUGGUCGUUUUCGCUACACCGGGAAUGCUUCACGCAGGUCUUUCUUUGCAGCUCUUCAAAAAAUGGGCACCCAAUGAAAAUAACAUGUUAAUUAUGCCUGGUUACUGUGUCUCUGGAACAGUUGGUGCCAAAGUUCUCAGUGGUGCUAAAAAAGUUGAAAUUGAAAACAGACAAGUAAUCGAAGUGAAAAUGUCUGUUCAGUACAUGUCAUUUAGCGCUCAUGCCGACGCCAAGGGUAUCAUGCAAUUAAUCCAAUAUUGCGAACCUCAAAAUGUACUCCUCGUUCACGGAGAGGGCGUAAAAAUGGAGUUCUUGAAACAGAAAAUUCAGCAAGAAUACGGUAUCGACUGUUACAUGCCGGCAAACGGGGAGUCGGCGUACAUUCCAUGCAAACCUGUUGUUCCUGUCGAUGUAUCACUUUCAUUGCUGAAAAAAGAAAUGGCUCUCUAUGAUACGGUUGGCGCGCCAGACCCGAAACGACCUUGCCGUAUGCAUGGUGUGCUCGUCAUGAAAGACAACGUUCUCAAGCUUAUGGAACCCGAGCAGGCAUUCGGUGAACUAGGUUUAAACCGGCAUUCUAUCCGAUUCACUUCCUGUAUCCAACUAAGAUUACCCGGAACCGCUAUUAGAGCUAUGGAUCAGAUACAGCUUAUUUUGAAUUCACAAAAUACUAACUACCCGGUUAAACCGUCUGACGAGGGGUUACUCAAUUUGGAGUCGGUUAGUAUUAAAAUGGAGACGACAGACAAAGAAGAUCGCAAAUCCAUGAUGAUCUCCUGGGCCUUGCAGGACGAAGAUUUAGCAACGUGGAUUAUGUCUUCACUACGACAAGUCAUUGUUUGAUAAGGUCGUGUAAUCUCUGUGAAUUACCUUUCAUGAAAUGAAUACCCUCAAUAUGUAUUGAUAAAAAAAAAUAAUUUUUUAAUUAUCACUUUCACGAAUA